AAUAAAUAUCUUAUCUCUUUUGUCGUAUAUUUUUGGAAUUCAUGUUAGUAGGCACACGUGUGUUUUCAAAAUGGCGUGUGGUACUUACGUAAGGCAAAGACGAAAGGAACGUCAAGUUAUGAACAUUUUGACGAAUGAUAUUGAAAACAAUGAUAUCAAAAAUUUUAAAGAAAUCGUUUUUAAUAUAGGUAGAAGUUUUUUUAUUGGAAGUAACGACUAUAGCUUUACCUUGUAUGCAGAGUCUAUGAAAAGAGAACGGAAAGAAAUAUUUGACUUUUUGCUUUCAUUUCAUGGUAGAGACGAUGAAGGGACCAUUGCUGCUUUAGAACACGUGCUGAAGAAUCAGAACUCUGUGCCUGAUUAUUUUGUUAACGGAUUGUUGAAUAAAUAUACUUAUGUCGAGAAUGAUGAAGACUUGCUUGUCAGAACUGCUACAGAAAAGUGUCCCCAAGCUACGAAGCUCUUGCUGGACAAAGGACUUGACGCUAAUGCACAAAUGGGGGAUUGGACUCCACUUCAUAGGGCAUUAAUGAUAGAUCCGGAUAAUAGAAGUGAAGAAUUAAUUACCACUUUAUUAUGUUAUGGUGCUGAUCCUUCGGUUGAAGCUUAUAAUGGAUACAACUGCUUCGAACUAGCAAUGAGGCAUGCACACACAGAUUUUGUCCGAGAAAUGUUAUUUGAUUUUACAUUUGAUUAUCACUCACACCAUAACCUGCAUAUUAGUGUACUAUUACAACUGGGUAAACUAAAAUCGCCACUUUUUCAUCAACUAAUAAAACAUGAUGUCGAAUUUUUCCUGGAUGAAUACAUUAAUACGCCAUUUUUGGAAAAUCUGAGUGACUUGCUUCUACUGGAAUUUGAUUAUUUUAAAAUAAUUUUCCAAAAGUAUAAUAGUAUAUGUUUUGAAAUUUUUAAGAAUUACAUCUUUCAUUACUUCAAGUCUGAACCUAGCUCUCGUGGAAGUUUCUUCGGAAGGCGUCUACCAGAUAUUGAAAGAUGUUUAUGUGCGGAACAAACUCUAAUGAAGUUUAACUUACUCCUUCAUGGUCCAGCAUCUUUGAAUAAAAAUGUUAUCGAUUUUAUUAGCACGUUAGACAGCUACAAAGUUUUUUCUCACAUUUCUAAAAGCACCAAUCAAACAGAAGUUACAGAAAUAUUUGUUUAUUUACUCACUUGGGGUCUGAGAGUACGAUCAACGCUUCUUGACUGUGUAUUUCAAGAAUAUGGAUACUGCGAGCUAUUCAAGCUUCUUUUGUUCAUGGAUGUUGAACAUAACAAAUAUGGGGUUGUUCAUCCGAGUGCAUUGGUAUUUUAUAUUUGUGAGAUUAAUUCGACCUUAGAUACACUUUCUCUGACAGAGUACACAGUGGAUUCUGUAUUUGAGCUAAUGAACUAUUUUGUUCAUCCUAAAUUGGAUAAAUAUCGUUCACAAGAAGAGCCGAGCAAAAAAUUGGAAAUAACAGGAAAUUAUCCACAUAUACCAAGUUUAGUCGAGAUUGCUCGAAAUACAUUUAGGGAGUAUUUUGUGACUAAAUUUGAUAUAAAAAACGCGCAACAGUUUUAUACAUUGCUUAACCGCCUUCCGAUCUCUGUUACCCAUAAGAAAAUUAUAAGCCUGGAAACUAAGUUAUAUAAUGUUUAA